GAAAAUCAGAUGAGCUCGGUUUGUGCCAUGCGGAUCUACACACACACGUUCACACACACAGUUGCACACCACACUGGCCAGCAGACGAUUCCCAGUGAAGACACGGAUCUGAGAGGGAGAGAUCAGGAUGGGUGUUACAGGAGAAAUGAAGGAGGACGAGGCAGCAUAAGACAGUGCUGAGAGAUAAAGAGAGGGUGGGUGAGCAGAAGGGAGGAGAGGAGACAGCACCAGCCUCAGCAGGUUUGUGAGGGAGAAGGAGCGAGGGAGAACUAGAAGAUAAAGAGCUUGUGAUGUUGCGUGGGGAUGAUGCCGAAUAUCAGCGCCGCUAUCACACUCUGGGCAGUAACACACGCCGCCUCUCUAACCCCGACAUGGAGGCCUACGCCAAGCUCCACAAGAGCGGAGACACGGAGCAUCAGAGGAACAAAUACCCUCCGCAGCACGCCGCCACGCUGGUCAACACCAACUGUGCACGGCAGCAGCAGCCACAUUACUGGAGUUUUAAGGCGCGGACUCCACGCGGCGCUGCCGGGCUCCAGCAGCAGUCACUGGGCGAGCAGGUUGGAGGGCGGGUGUGUUAUGCGUCUGCGGAGAGUUUGGAAAGCAUGGCCGAUGCUGAGCUCCCGCUGGGCUUCAGUCGCUCUAACAUCCUCAGACAGAGUCUUCCACUGGCACGAUCACCCAGCCAGGCUAAACUGAGAGCGCCAGCUGUGUUGUUCUUGCAGUUCGGUGACGAGACGCGGCGGGUGCACAUCACUCAUGAGCUGACCAGCAUGGAGACGCUUCAUGCCCUCAUCGUGCACAUGUUCCCUCAGAAACUGACCAUGGGCGCGCUGCGUUCUCCCGGCACGGCUCUGCUCAUCAAAGACGAGGCACGCAACAUCUUCUACGAGCUGGAGGACCCUCGUGACAUCCACGACCGGUGUCUCAUCAAGAUUUACUGCAGAGAGGCUCCGCUACGAGACACACACUACAAUGCUCAACACAUGGCCCACCCUGUACACCACACACACAUCGCCAACGGAGACCUGCGGAGAGAGCUGGUGUACACCUCGAGGGAAUCAUCUCCCACGCAGCGUUUAAACACACUCCCAUCUUCCUCUUCUCCCUCUGGAUCCCCGUCACGCUCUCAAUCGCGUCUUUCUUACACAGGUGGGCGUCCUUCCUCUUACGCCGGACCCCAUCCAUCGGCUCAGCACCACCCCUAUCAACAACACCACGCCCAUCCCGGAGGCCACGCCCCCCAGCAGUCUGGUCACACCCACCCGGCAUUUUGCCCCUCCCCAAGUGCCAUUCUAGAACGGCGUGAUGUGAAACCAGAUGAGGAAAUUGCAUCAUCCUCGAAGAGCAUGGUGUUGCUAAAAAACGAAGCGAUAUACGCAGACCCUUAUUCGCUAGUCCAGGAUCCUCGGUUCAGCGUGGCUUCGCAGCAGGCUCUGGCGUACCGCCGGGGAUCUGUGCGCUCUCUUGGUGGAUACCCCGCCGCAGCGUUGCAAUGUGAGCUCGAGGGUGCCCUCUACAGACCUGGCGGUCCUAUAUACGCAGAUCCAUAUGCUACGAUGGGAUUCCGCAGCUUACCUCCAGCCUCGCCUCAAAAACUGUCUGAUGGCAGGGAUCCGUAUGGGAGCCACCCGGGACGAGGGUCCCCUGGGAGACAUGGGUUUCGGAAAGAUGGUACUGUGUACAUAGAGAGUCCCAAGAAUCGUCCAGGAGGACCACCUAUGGAGCAGAUAUGCAUGCUUGGGGGCCCCGGAGGAGAUGGAGGGCCGAUGCCAGUGUACGGCUCAACAUUACCUGGUAACGAAGAGACCAGAGAGCGAAUGGAGGCAAUGGAGAAGCAGAUAGCCAGUCUAACCGGACUGGUUCAGAGUGUUUUGACCCGAGGACCGGACAGCCCUGAUAAAGCAGAAACAGCGAGCGACUGCUCUGCACCAGAGAUGUCAUCACCCUCUGCUCCUCUGGCCCUGAUGCCGCCUCCGCCCACUGCUGCCUCUCAGCCAAUAGCAAUGUCCCGUUUCCAAAUGCAUCUGCAUCUGACUGACCUGCAGCAGCACACAGCUGAGCUGCGCAAACAGCUCACACAACUGCGCCAGUUACAGCUGCAGAAUCAGGACUCCGUUCAGGUGUUACUGAGGCAGACGGAGUCCGAUUUGGGCAUGUGUCUAAUCGAGGCGUCUCGCACACAAGAAGAUCCAUUACAGCGGCAGCGUCUUCUUGUUGAGGAGGAGAGGCUACGCUAUCUUAAUGAAGAAGAGCUUAUUAUACAACAACUACACGAUCUCGAGCGCUCGGUGGAGGAGAUGAGGAUGGGGGCGGGGCUUAACCACCACCUGGUGACCGAACAGGAAAUAGAACAGAAGAGUCUGGAGCUCAGGAGACUUGGAGAGACCGUCACUGACCUCAAGAAUCAGUUCCCAACUUUACAAAGUAAGAUGCGUGUGGUGUUGAGGGUGGAGGUGGAAGCCGUCAAGUUUCUGAAAGAGGAACCGCUCCGACUGGAGGCUCUGUUGAAGCGCUGCAGAAACAUCACCAAUACGCUCGCUCUACUACGAAGGCAGGUAUCAGAAGGUGUGUGGAGGACACCCGAUGACUUCAGUAGUUCAGUUUCCAGCGCGAGUGACGCCGACUUCAGCAGGAGCUCUGAUCUGGAUAUUCUCAACAGUCCUUCUCUAAAUCUGCCCGACCUCGGGGGCACCUUAUCAGCCACUGCCACUCUUUCUGCCUCCCUGGGCACUAAUACCACAAAUCCUGGCCUGACGAGUGCUUCUAGUAUAGGAGGCACCACUAGUCUAUCUAACGUGCUCGGCUCCACUGUUGGUGCCAGUAUGAGCAUCUGUGGUAUUCCUGGCAGCACCACGCUGGGUAACUGGCUGGCAGGAGCCGGGGCGACAGAUCCCAUCAUGCCUGAACUGGACGGCACCUCCACAGGUCCAAUAAAGACCGGCUUGGAAGAUCUGCCCGCACGCAGAGAAUCUGACAAAGGAGUGUCCGUGGAGGUCCGACUGGCUGCAGAGCGAGACUGGGAGGAGAAGAGAGCCAGCUUGACUCAGUUCAGCGCUCAAGACAUCAAUCGUCUACUGGAGGAAACUCAAGCUGAGCUGAUGAAGGCCAUUCCAGAUCUGGACUUCGCCGCCAAGCAGAUCACCAAACCGGCUGUACCGCCAAAACCCCAGCUGUCCUCGCUCCCAGCACCCGGCUCAACAUCCUCCACUCCUAGCUUAACACCUGAACAUCAGCCCAGCAAAACCCCACCGAAACCACCCAGCAAAGACGGCAUCCCACGCAGGGGAUCGGGAGAGUUGACAGUGCCACGGUAUCGUACAGAGAAGCUGUCCAAGUCCCCACCCCCUCCUCCUCCGCGACGAAGUUUCCCAUCAGGCCUUGGGCUCACAACCAACAGCAGUGGAGAAGUAAUCGCCAUAAACAAGAGUGUGAAGAAAUUGGAGAAGGUGGAGAACAGAGAAGAGGCUGAAGUACCGACUCAAUCCCAGACACCUCCUGUCAAACUGAGACGUCCGUCGACCUCCGAUGGGCCCCGACCGUCAUCCACACCUCCGGUCAUCGCUGCUUCUGGGAUGAAGGAAGAUGGGGAUGAAGAUGAGAAGAUAAUGGCAGAGCUGGAGGUGUUUGAGAGAGCCCAAGCGAGACUGAGGGUCACUGCUGAGGCCCAAAGCCCAGCUGAGGUCACUCCUAACAGUGUUGACAGGGCAGGCCAGUGGAUCAGCAACUCUCUGUGGAGAGAGCCUGUAGGCACUCCUCCGGGCUCCAAACUGGUGCAGCCGUCUGCGGCGUCCCGUCUGCGGCACCUGCAGCAGAGCAGCCUGGAGCGCAGGAGCAGGAAACAGCAGGAGGAACUCCCAAAGCUCCAGCAGGGUCAGCAGCAGGUAUUCCACUUCUAACAAUAGCUGCGCCCUGCUAUCGGCCGACUGACGCUCGCUCUCGCUGACUUUACCUCUGCUCUGCGCUAAGAGGCACUCGUUCAGUGCAAACUCAUCCGUCGACUCCAGUGACUGUAACACUUGCAGCCAUGUGAGCUGCCACGUCUCCCAGCUGCUGCACAGAUGUUAUGGUUUCCACUGUGCGAUGGGGUUCAGUAUGCACAAGAUUUCCCUGUAUGCUCACAGAUUAUGUAUUUUUCUCUUUCAUGCCACAUGAACUAUUCUUCCAAAACAGCACAAUAUAGUGUAUUAAAAUGCCACCUAAUUUCUUUCUCGA